AUGGAGCCUCUUUGCCUCCGCAACCUUCUGCUGCCUCAUGCGAUAAAGGGACAUGGUAAACAGGCCUGCUCCAACGGAGGCAACCAUAGCGUAACAACAAAAAGGGAGAACCCGACGAAGCCCGGCGUGAGGACCUACGUAAACAGUUGCUGUCGAGGGCCGCGGGGUGGUGGGGGAGGGCGAGUGGCCAUUCUUAUGCACGACUGUUGGGUGUUAUACCUGUUGACAACCACGGUGCGGGUAUGGGCAACAAAACAGAUUAUUUAUGCCGGGUCUGUGACGCCAAGAAAGGAUCGAUUUCACGUGGUUGAAGGAGCGGAAGAGUUUCAAGCCGACUCUCCCUCGGCUGCAGGUGAAAAUGGCGAACUCACCUCGCACGCCCCGCUCAGCUACCUAGUCGUUGCCACCGCAGAACUAGGUCGACGCAUCCCCUUCGCCUUCCUCCUCGAGAUCCGUCGCAAAUUCCUCACAACCUACAACCCAGAGAGCACCGACUUUAGCUCCCUGCCCCCCUACGGCUGUGCAGCCUUCAACACACACCUCCGCGAGCUGCUGCAGACCUACAACACUGCCCCGCCAGCAGACUCGCUUGCCUCUGCGCGCAAGGAGAUCGAUAGCGUACGUGGAAUUAUGACGGAGAACAUCGAGCGGGUGCUGGAGCGUGGGGAGCGGAUUGAUUUGUUGGUUGAUAAGACAGAUCGUCUGGGGGGCAGCGCGCGGGAUUUCCGUGUUCGGAGUCGUGGAUUGAGGCGGCAGAUGUGGUGGAAGAAUGUUAAAGUGAUGGCCUUGUUGGUCGUCGUCGUUGUGUUUUUGAUCUGUUGA